GGGAGACCGGUACUUAAAGUUGGAGACCCGAGCCCGGGAGUUGGCGGAGCGCGCUCGCGCGGGGCUGCACUUGCUCGCGUCCGGCCGCGGGCUCCACGGGACGGGCCGGCUCCCGGGGCAGGGCCGGAGUCGGUGUCGCGGCGGGACAUGCGCUGCGCCGCCUCUAACCGCGGGCUGUGCUCUUCUUCCAGGUGGCCGGCCGGCUGCUGAGCCCUCCGCCGCGCGGGGAGACGGUAUGCGCCCUGCCCGCGGCCACUGGCCAUGACCAUGACCCUCCACACCAAAGCAUCCGGAAUGGCCCUGCUCCACCAGAUCCAAGGGAACGAGCUGGAGCCCCUGAACCGCCCGCAGCUCAAGAUCCCCCUGGAGCGGCCCCUGGGCGAGGUGUACGUGGAGAGCAGCAAGCCCCCCGUGUACGACUACCCCGAGAGCGCCGCGUAUGACUUCAACGCCGCGGCCGCCGCCUCCGCGUCCGUCUACGGCCAGUCCGGCCUCGCCUACGGCCCGGGGUCCGAGGCGGCGGCGUUCGGCGCCAACGGCCUGGGGGGCUUCCCGCCGCUCAACAGCGUGUCUCCCAGCCCGCUGAUGCUGCUGCACCCGCCGCCGCAGCUCUCGCCCUACCUGCACCCCCAAGGCCAGCAGGUGCCCUAUUACCUGGAGGACGAGCCGAGCGGCUAUGCCCUGCGCGAGGCCGGCCCUCCGGCGUUCUACAGGCCAAAUGCAGAUAGUCGACGCCAGGGAGGUAGAGAGAGAUUGGCCAGCUCCGGUGACAAGGGAAGCAUGGCCAUGGAAUCUGCCAAGGAGACUCGCUACUGUGCAGUGUGCAAUGACUAUGCCUCAGGGUACCAUUAUGGAGUCUGGUCCUGCGAGGGCUGUAAGGCUUUCUUCAAGAGAAGUAUUCAAGGACAUAAUGACUACAUGUGUCCGGCUACCAACCAGUGCACGAUUGAUAAAAACAGGAGGAAAAGCUGUCAGGCCUGCCGGCUACGCAAGUGCUACGAAGUAGGAAUGAUGAAAGGGGGGAUACGGAAAGAUCGGAGAGGAGGGAGAAUGUUGAAACACAAGCGCCAGAGAGACGAUGGGGAGGGCAGGAAUGAAGCAGGGCCCUCUGGAGACUUGAGGGCUUCCAACUUUUGGCCAAACCCUCUCUUGAUUAAGCACACUAAGAAGAACAGCCCAGCCUUGUCCCUGACAGCCGAGCAAAUGGUCAGUGCCUUGCUGGAUGCUGAGCCUCCUCUCAUCUAUUCCGACUACGAUGCUAGCAGACCCUUCAGCGAGGCUUCCAUGAUGGGUCUGCUGACCAACCUUGCAGACAGGGAGCUGGUUCACAUGAUCAACUGGGCGAAGAGGGUGCCAGGCUUUGUGGAUUUGUCCCUCCAUGAUCAGGUCCACCUUCUGGAAUGUGCCUGGCUAGAGAUCCUGAUGAUUGGUCUUGUCUGGCGCUCCAUGGAGCACCCAGGAAAGCUCCUAUUUGCUCCUAACUUGCUCCUGGACAGAAACCAGGGAAAAUGUGUAGAGGGCAUGGUGGAGAUCUUUGACAUGUUGCUGGCUACAUCAUCUCGGUUCCGUAUGAUGAAUCUCCAGGGAGAGGAGUUUGUGUGCCUCAAAUCCAUCAUUUUGCUUAAUUCUGGAGUGUACACAUUUCUGUCCAACACCCUGAACUCUCUGGAAGAGAAGGACCAUAUCCACCGUGUCUUGGACAAGAUCACAGACACCUUGAUCCAUCUGAUGGCCAAAGCAGGCCUGACUCUGCAGCAGCAGCACCGGCGCCUGGCCCAGCUCCUCCUCAUCCUCUCCCACAUCAGGCACAUGAGUAACAAAGGCAUGGAGCAUCUGUACAACAUGAAGUGCAAGAAUGUGGUGCCCCUCUACGACCUGCUGCUGGAGAUGCUGGAUGCCCACCGCCUGCACGCCCCAGCCAACCACGGGGACAUACCCAUGGAGGAGACAAACCAAAGCCAGCUAGCCACCACUGGCUCAACUUCAUCACAUUCCUUGCAAACAUAUUACAUCGCCGGGGAGGCGGAGGGUUUCCCCAACACAAUCUGAGAGCUCCUCGGCUCCCCCAAGGUUCUGAGAAUCCCUGCCAUGUUUUAUCCAUGUCAUGCCUCACUCUAGCAGAAUUCUGCUCUUGCACACACUCCAGCAUGCAUCCGCCACUCUGGCUUUCUAAUAUGAGUGGCCAUACAUUUGCUUGCUCAGUUCUUAGUGGCACGCCUUCUUUUGGGAACAGCCAAAGGGAUUCCAGGGCUAAAUUCUUUGUAACAGCUUUCUGUCUCUGUUAUAUUACUAAGCGUGAGGAUUCCUAGAGCUUUUCACGACUGAACUCAGUCUAUGAGCUGGGGCUCAGAUGACUCUGUGCAUUUAAGCUACUGGCUGUGACCCAGCCCUGUAGAGUGGGCAUUUCACCGCUGUGAAGCACUUUUUAAUGAAUCUAAGAAUAAGCCACAGGAAAGAAUCAAAAGUGGCUCCUUUAAUUGCUGACUUGGAGAACGCUAGGUCAAGGGUUUAUUAUAUCAUCCUCUUGUAUUCCUAUAGUAAUACAUUAUUUUAUUAAAGUAAUAUCUUAAAGCUUUUGCUCAGUUGCAUGGCUGUAACAGAAUAUCUGGUGAUUGUCUAUUCAUUUCCCCUAUAGGAAUACAAGAUGCACAGAGGGAAGGAAGAUUCCCUGAUUGUCAAGACUUUGUCAACUUAAUACACUGCACCUUUAGAUUUGCUGAAUGUUCUUCCGUUGGCUUUUAUGAGCACUAUGUGCGGGAUCAUGGGUUCCAGUUAAUUCUUGCUUCCCAUGGCCCUAUAAAAACAGCUGUUGAUCCCAGUUAUGUCAACUCCACAUAGACCAGUUUCCCUGUGAGGGAUAAAUUCUUGUUUUUUGUUUUUGUUUUAUAAAAGAAAACCCCCAGGACUUGGCAGUGAAUUGGCUUCAGGACCGGUUCUGGUGUGGUCUCACACUUAUCAGCAGAGGGCGCUCUACUUGAAUCUUCCUGGUGUGUAACUUACACUGGAGGUGAAUUAGCCAUGUGUAGUGCCCAGCCUAUGACCAAGGGUAGUUUAAAUGAGCGGGCACCCUGGUGACACUUUUAGGGCUAAAUAGUAAAUGGGCAUGAUUAUUGUAGGUACUAGAGAACAAGGAGGAAAGCAGGGUAGAAACUGGACAAAACUGAGGCUCAGGGCGGCCCUGCCAGAGGCUGCAUCUACCAGGGAUGGCUCCUGGCAGACCCCAUAUUGCACUGUGGGGCUGCCCUGGGAUCCACGGGGCAGUUUUCCUCUUCAUUUCCCGGCAUGGCCCUGAAUGGAAGCAGCAGCAGACAGCUGCCUUCCUACAGUGGGCCCAGCGCACUGUAGGGCCAGGGAGGAGAGCAAGCUUAGGAGUGCUCCCUACUCAGGCCGCUUGGGGCACGCCCUUGGUUGUUUCGAGCUCAUCCAAAAAUCAGAGUUUGGCCUUGGGAAAACAAAAAAACAUAAAACAACAUCCCCCAGAGCUCCUUUCUCUAAACUUUGUAAGCCAGGCUAGCAAGACUAGCAUUAGGCCACAGGAAUCCUUUGACCUCUAGGCUAAAAAGGAAAGGCUCACUCCAGCCAGAGGGCAGCCUUCCCCGGGCCAAAGAAGGUUUGCUUUCUUCUGGUGACCUCAUUGUCUGUAAGUUGAACCCCAUUGAGAGGCGAUGCGUUAGCCAACAACCCAGCGAAGUUUCUCGGGCUUCUCUUGGGAUGUCAGUUUCAAAAAGUAGAUCGCAUUCAUUUCUGAUUGCCCAGUAAGUGGUCACCAAAGGACUGGGAACCUGGGAGGGCAAAAAAAAAAAAAAA